CCAGACGUGUGGUCCUUGUAAUCGCGAUACCACAGUCAUUCCCACUGCCUACCAUCGCACAUCAAAGUCUACCUCACACCAACAAAACACCAUGGCCAUCGAACACGCCCACCUCCUCAAAUCCACCACCUCCUUCGACACCGACAUAAACAGCACCACCAUCAAUGACGACGAUGACAACGACAUCGACGACACAACUCCAUGGCUCCAACGCACCCACACAACCCCUCUAAAAUCCAAAAUGCCCCAUCUCACACGCUCUGUAAUCAUACACACACUCCUCAUCUUUUGCUACACCUUCUUCGCCUGGCUCUACAUCUACACGAAUGCCUCCUUCUUCCCCUUCCACUCACACGCCGCAGACUACCCAGCACCCGGCCAGACAGCCCUCCUCGCCAUCCCCAGCCUCGACAUCCAGUACGCAUCCACGCCACAGGAACUGCGCUCCACAAGCGGCUACUUUGGCCCGCCAACGCCAGACAUGGACGCACAGUGGGACUCGCUACUGGACCGCAAACGCAUCCGCGUCACCGCAGCCGAACUGGCACGCAAUGGCCGCACGAGCGUUGCCAUGGGCGGCGACGGAGAUACUGAUGAUGCUGGUAGCGGCGACAGUGGCUAUCUUGCCUGGCUGGGCGUGUUUCAUGAGCUGCACUGUCUGAAUUUUGCGCGUAUGUGGAAGGACCGCGAUUACUACUAUCCCAAUGCUACCGAGUAUGAGGUGAAGUACAUUUCUGAGCAUGUUGACCAUUGCAUGGAUCGGCUCAGGGCUGUUCUUAUGUGCCACCCUGACGUCUCAGACCUGAUCACUAUGUAUUGGGAUAAAAGCACGAAGCCUAUGGUCAACGGCACGCGCAUCCUGGAGCGCUGUGUGGAUUGGGAUGCGCUGAUGGCAUCAACGGCAGACAGGCAGAUCUCAGCGGAGGAGAUGAGUGUGUUGAAGAAUCCGACUUUGUAACAUACGUCUUAAAUUAAGUUUUCCGUCGUGUUGUGCGUCAUAAAAUACUCGCUUCAUCAUGAUAAGCAUUUCU